AUGGCGGGGCUGGAAAGAGCGCCGGCGGCCAGGCCGAGCCUGACCUCCAUCUCGUCGGGGGAGCUGCGCAGCCUGUGGACGUGCGACUGCGAGCUGGCCCUGCUGCCCCUGGCCCAGCUGCUGCGCCUGCAGCCCGGCGCCUUCCAGCUGCGCGGCGACCAGCUGGUGGUCCCGGGCCCCGCGGAGCCCGCGGCCACGCGCGGGGGCUUCAACGUCUUCAGCGACGGCCUCGUGCGCCUCGACGGACAGCUCUACCGCCUCAGCAGCUACAUCAGGAGAUAUGUGGAACUGACCAACUACUGCGAUUAUAAAGACUACCGGGAAACUAUAUUGAGCAAACCAAUGCUAUUCUUUAUUAAUGUACAGACCAAAAAGGACUCCUCGAAAGAAAGAACGUAUGCGUUUCUUGUGAACACCAGGCACCCCAAAAUAAGAAGACAGAUAGAGCAGGGGAUGGACAUGGUCAUUUCCUCAGUGAUUGGAGAAAGCUACUGGCUUCAGUUUGAUUUUCAAGAGGCAGUAAAGAAUUUUCUCCCUCCAGGAAACAAGGUGAUUAAUGGAGAAAAUUUGAGCUUUGCGUAUGAAUUCAAAGCUGACGCGUUAUUUGAUUUCUUCUAUUGGUUUGGGCUCAGCAAUUCCACUGUAAAAAUGAAUGGAAAAGUCCUGAAUUUGUCAAGUACAAGUCCAGAAAAGAAGGAGACCAUUAAAUUAUUUCUGGAAAAAAUGAGUGAACCUUUAAUCCGAAGGAGCAGUUUCUCUGACCGAAAAUUCAGUGUAACUUCCAGAGGUUCACUAGAUGAAGUUUUUAACUGCAGUCUGUCACCCAGAUCAUCUCUGAUGGAGCCUCUUUUGGCAGAAUUACCAUUUCCAUGUGUUCUGGAAUCUGAAGAGACACCCAACCCAUUUAUCUGAUUGGAUUGGACAUUUUGCAGCUCCUCCUACACCCCAGGCCUGUGCCAGAACCCAAGG